AUGGAAGGACUCGUCAAAAAGGGUAAAAAUUCUGCAAAGCCUUCCCUUUCUCCCGAAGGGUAUCUCUCUCCUCCUUUAGCUUGGCAAUUUCCUUCCUCAACUCUCCUUUUCAGAUCCCAAACCAAAACUCUAGAUUUAUCGCAAAAUCAAGAUAACGACCAAACGGGAGAAAGGACUACCGAUGCUCCCAACCGAGAGAGGAUCAUACUAGUGAACCCCUUCACACAAAGCAUGGUUGUCAUCGACGGCGCUUCAAGCCUCGAAGCUCUGUUUCGCGACAUGGCCGUUAACAACAGCAGCAAAGCCGGAAGACCUCCAGCUACGAAGGAAUCCAUUGACGCCAUGCCGAGCUUUGUAAUCAAAGAAGGUGAAGUUGAAAUAGGAGAGUGUGUUGUGUGUUUGGAGGAUUUUGGUGUUGGUGCUUUGGUUAAGGAGAUGCCAUGUAAGCACAGGUUUCAUCCGAAUUGCAUUGAGAAGUGGCUUGGGAUGCAUGGAACUUGCCCUGUUUGUAUGUACGAGAUGCCGGUUGAGGAAAAAGAUGAAGGAAAGAAGAGGGAUAGUGAAGGAGAAGAAGAACAAGAAGGAGGAGAAAGAGAGAGGAGAAAGACAGCGGCGAAGAAUCUAGAGUUUUAG